AAUCUGUUCGGUCGUUAUCGGAGGCUGAGUGAAGGCAGAGCGCUGUAACAUGUCCUCAGCAGGCGCGGCGCGUGCGGUGGCUGCUCAGCGUCCUAGCGGCUUCCCGCGCCCUAUCCCGGCCGUGCCUCGCCGCGGGGUCGGUGAGCGGUGCCCGUCUCUCGGCUGCCCUUGGGGAGCGUGAGCGUCCCGCGAGUCCCGGCCACGCUGCUGGGGUGAUCCUCGCCAUACCUGCACUCACGUCGGUUGAGAUGGGUGAUGCGUGGCCAGAUAGAUGGCAUGUUGGGGAGAGAUGCCUUGCACCUUGUCCUGCAAAUGGAAAGCUUUCUGAAGGAACAAUAUCAUCAAUUGAAAAGGACAAGAAUGGAAAAUCAUUUGCUGUUGUAUCAUUCUUGGGAUCUGAAGAUAAGAAAAUACUAAUAUCUGAGCUCUGUAAAGUUGAAGCUGGUAGAUGUUCCUGGAAGAGUGUGAUAUUUGAUGACAGUGACCUGGAAAAGCCUUAUUUUCCUGGCCAAAAUGUUCCAUCUUCAACAGUUGCUUUUAAGUUAUCUGAUGACGGUGAUUUUAUCCCAUAUACAAUUAAUAGAUACCUACGUGGUUAUCAAAGGGAAGGAGCCCAGUUUCUCUACUGGCACUAUGCUAAUAAAAGGGGAUGCAUUCUUGGAGAUGAUAUGGGCCUUGGAAAGACAGUACAGGUCAUUUCAUUUUUGGCUGCAGUGUUACGCAAAAAAGGAACACGUGAAGAUAUUGAAAACAACAUGCCGAAAUUUUUACAGAGGACAGUGAGAAAAGAAUCAAAAUGUAAACCUAACAAGACUUUCCUCAUAGUUGCCCCUCUUUCAGUGCUGUAUAACUGGAAGGAUGAGUUGGACACAUGGGGGUACUUUAAGGUCUCUGUCUUACACGGCAGUAAAAAGGAAGAUGACUUGAAUCGUAUCAAGCAAGGGAAAUGUGAAGUUGCCCUUACAACAUAUGAGACUCUUCGCCUGUAUUUAGAUGAACUUAACAAUAUAGAGUGGUCUGCUGUCAUAGUGGAUGAAGUACACAGAAUCAAGAAUCCAAAAUCUCAAAUAACUCAAACUAUGAAGUCCUUAAAAUGCAAUGUUCGCAUAGGUCUUACUGGAACCAUUCUUCAAAACAAUAUGAAAGAACUUUGGUGUGUCAUGGACUGGGCCUUACCAGGACUUUUGGGUAGUAAAAUGCAUUUCAAGAGGAAAUUUUCUGAUCCAGUGGAGCGUGGCCAGAGGCACACUGCAACUAAAAGAGAGCUAGCGACGGGUCGUAAGGCGAUGGUAAAGCUGGCAAGAAAAAUGUCUAGCUGGUUUCUGAGACGUACAAAAGUGCUUAUCAGUGAUCAGUUGCCAAAAAAAGAAGACAGAAUGGUGUACUGUUCCCUGACAGAAUUCCAGAAAGCAGUAUACCAGGCUGUGCUGAAGACAGAGGAUGUAAACCUAGUAUUAAGAGCAGGAGAGCCCUGCAGCUGCAACAGCGGCCGUAUAAGGAAGAAUUGUUGUUACAAAAUGAAUUCCCACGGUGAAACAAUUAAGUCAUUGCAGUUCAGUUACUUGACAAUCCUACAGAAAGUUGCAAAUCAUGUUGCAUUGCUGCAGACAGACAACACUAGCAAGCAGCAGGAAACACAUAUCAAACGAGUUUGCAAUGAAGUGUUUUCCAGUUUUCCAGAUUUUAUGAAGUUAAGCAAAGACGCAGCCUUUGAAAUAAUUUCAGAUCCAAAGUACAGUGGAAAAAUGAAGGUCCUUCAGCAACUUCUAAAUCACUUCUGGAAGAAAAAAGAUAAAGUUCUUCUCUUCUCCUUUUCCACGAAGUUGCUGGAUGUGCUGGAGAAAUACUGUAUGGCAUCUGGGCUAGAUUUCCGAAGACUUGAUGGAAAUACAAAAUCAGAAGAUAGGAUCAGAAUUGUAAGAGAAUUCAACAGAGUUCAAGAAAUUAACAUAUGUCUUGUAUCUACAAUGGCUGGUGGAUUGGGUCUUAAUUUUGUUGGUGCCAAUGUUGUUAUACUCUUUGAUCCAACGUGGAACCCAGCAAAUGAUCUUCAAGCUAUUGACAGAGCUUACAGGAUUGGCCAAUGCAAAGAUGUUAAAGUAUUUAGACUGAUAUCCUUGGGAACUGUGGAGGAGAUAAUGUACCUACGGCAAGUUUACAAGCAGCAACUUCACUGUGCAGUGGUUGGAAGUGAAAAUGCUAAGCGAUAUUUCGAGGCAGUGCAAGGAUCAAAGGAACAUCAAGGAGAACUUUUCGGCAUCCACAACCUUUUCAAACUUAGGGCUCAUGGGUCUUGUCUUACUAAAGACAUCCUGGAGGUGUGA